CUCUUAAAUGUGAUUUUUUGUUCUGUGGCUUGGCGAAGGAAGUGUGCACCAUUCACUAUUGUCCCCGUGAAACACGCGUUUGCCGAACAUUUGUUCCACGGUUGAGAACACCUCCAAGACGCCACAGGAGGAAGAACAACAAGAUGGUGUUGGACGGAGAAGACGUUGUUUUGGUUAUUAUAGUUUAUUAAUCUUAAUUACAACGUACAUGUACACAUGUAGGUCGUUUAAUAGAGUAAACAUCGUUAAUAAUUGUUUGUAUCCGGAUACAUUAGUCUGAGUGGACUUUGACGUGCUAGCCUAGCCUGCUGGUUAGCUUAGCUUGUUAGCUGCUAACAAAGAGACGUGGAAGUUAUCGACACAGCAAAGCAGAGAUCCAAUGCCCCGCCUCACCUGCCUCCCCUGACUGCACGUCACUGGCAGAGUACGAGGAGGAACUUUGUCCAACAAAAGAGGAGAAGGAGCGACAACAUCAACUACUGGACGCUGUUUUCAAGAAACAUCAAGUUGUGUUACACAGAACAGACAUUUGUGAAGAACAUCUUCUCCCUGACUAACAGUUGUGGAGCAUCAGGAUGGAGCAGGAGGAGCCACAGCCUUCCCACUCUAAAGAGGAAGACGAGGCACCACGGACCCCUCACAUUAAAGAAGAAGAAGUGGACCCACUGACUCCUCACAUUCAAGAGGGAGAGGAGGACCCACUGACCCCUCAUAUUAAGGAGGAAGAGGAGGAACGACUAACCCCUCACGUUAAGGAGGAACGACUAACCCCUCACAUUAAGAAGGAAGAGGAGGAACACAGCAUCAGUCAGGAGGGAGAGCAUCUUGAAUGGUUGGAGGAGUUCCCUGUGAUUGUGAAGAGUGAAGAUGAUGAGGUCAAAGGUGAAAGUGAGGAGAAGAGAGAGGCGGAGCCUCCAAGCAGCAGCUCAACUCAACACAUGACAACAGAAGCUGAUGGAGACCACUGUGGAGGAUCACAAGCAGACAAGAUCUUAGCUCCACUAUCAGAUAGUGACGACACAACGUCUCACUCACCUGACACUGAUGAUGAAGACUCUAAAGAUGAUAAGACAUGUCACACUGACAACACACGCUUCACAUGUUCUCACUGUGACAAAACUUUUAGUUACCGUGGUAAUCUUAAAGUACACAUGAGAAUACACACUGGAGAAAAACCUUUUUCCUGCUCAGAAUGUGGUAAAAGAUUUGGACGAAAAAAUGUGUUGAAUUUACACAUGAAAACACACACUGGAGAAAAACCUUUUUCCUGUUCAGUAUGUGGUAAAGGUUGUAUACAAAGUAGUGAUCUGAAAGUACACAUGAGAAUGCACACUGGAGAAAAACCUUUUUCCUGCUCAGUUUGUGGUAAUCGAUUUGCACGGAAAUAUGUGUUAAAAGACCACAUGAAAACACACACCGGAGAAAAACCUUUUUCCUGUUCAAUCUGUGGUAAAGUUUUUGUACAAAGUAACCAUUUGAAAGUACACAUGGGAGUACACAGAUGUGAGAAGGCUUUUAUCUGUUCAAUCUGUGGUAAAGUAUUUGUGCAUAGUAACUAUUUGAAAAAACACAUUAGAACACACAUGGGAGUAAAAACAUUCUUCUGUUCAAUCUGUGGCAAAGGAUUUGUACAUAGUGACUAUUUGAAAAAACACACAAGAAUACACACUGGAGAAAAUCCAUAUUCUUGUUCAGUAUGUUUUAAAGGUUUUGUACAAAAACAGAAUUUAAAAGUACACAUGAGAAUGCACACUGGUGAAAAACCUUUUCCUUGCUCAAUAUGUGGUAAAGGUUUUGUAACAAGUCAGUUUAUGAAAGUACACAUGAGAAUACACACUGGAGAAAAACCUUUUUCAUGUUCAAUCUGUAGUAAAGGUUUUAAACAAAGACCACAUUUGAAAGCACACAUGAGAACACACAUAGGUGAAAAACCUUUUAUCUGUUCAGUGUGUGGUAAAGGUUUUACGCGGAGUUACCAUUUGAAAACACACAUGAGAAUACACACAGGAGAGAAGGUGUUAAGUUGCAGUGUGUGUAGUGAAAGAUUCUCUUCUAUGUACCAGUGUAAGAAACACAAGUGUGCUGGUGAGAACAGUAGCAGAAAAUGAAGAUGCAGGAUUUGAAAUAA